AUGGAUAAAUACUAAAUAUCCUCUACAGGAAGAUUUAUGUAUGAAAAACAUGAGCAAAAUUUCAGACUUUCUAAAUUCAGUGGUCUCUAUUUAUAUCCAGGAAUAAUAAUUAUGAAGAUCAUAUUUUAUUGUAAUUAUGUCACUAUUGGCAGUGUUGUUAUAGCAACAUAUUUUUAUUAUAGAAAUAAACAUAAAUGGAGAUUCUUAAUCUAAGCUAUAUUAUAUUUGGCAUAAUAAGUCCAGAUAAAUAAUCAUUGCAUUUAUUCUCAUAUCUUUACUUGCAUCACUAAUUUAGUUUUAGUACCUUAUUGGCCAAUGCAAGUGUUAUUUUAAAUUGGGAUCAUUAGAUAGUUGAAUCAUAUUUAUAUACUUUGUUUUUUUGUUGCCCUAAUGAGAGCAAUUGAAAUCUUAAAGAGAUUUCUUUAUUCUAAAAUAUGUAAUAUCAACUCUCAUAAAUAUGAAUAGGAUAGUAUUCUUCUUAAUUUACCUCAUCAUAUUCUAUACUUUGAUGAAAAUUUGAAUGAAUUAUUUUCAAAUAAGUCAAUAAAGUUCAAUCAAGAAUCCUAAUAAAUAUUAAGCAAUUAUAUAAAAAGGAAAUACUAUGGAAUAAUAUAAUUGGAAAAUUAAGAAAAAGAAAUCAUUGAUUAUUAUAUUAAGCCUUGGUAAGGAAAUUUUAUUUUAAUUUAAUCACAUUUCUUUAGUGAAGAAAAUUCUUUUUUUGAAUAAAUGUACGAAUAAAUAAAUAAGUUAUAUGUUCAAUUAAAUUAAGAUUAUACAAAAUGGAAUAAUUUAAGAGCUUUUAGAAUGAUUAAAGAGUCUGACUUAAGUGUUUUAGGAUAAUGUUUAUCAGAAUGUUUACAUUUAGAACAUUAAGUAAGAUCAAUAAUGAAAAAUUUAAAAUAAGAAAUUUGUUAGUUUUAUCUUAAAGUUUCUAUUUGUAAUAUAAUAGAAUCUAUGGUUCUAAAAUUAUAUGAGCAUUUUAAUAUUAUUAAUUUAAACUUUGAAAGUGGGAUUCCAGAAAUAGUAGCAGGAGAUAAGAAAUUAUUAUUAUUUAUAAUCUAAACACUUUUAACAUCAACUUAAUUUUGUGAUAAAUAAAAAGGUUAAUUAUCUAUUAAAUGUAUUAUUUAGUAAAUUAAUUAAGAAAAAUCUGGAUAUGAUCUUGAAUUUACUUUUAAUUUUACUUGUACACCUUCAGUAAUUAAAUUAUAUUCAUAAGUAUUUGGAGUUAAUGAAAAUAAAUUAAAUCCUAAUGAAGAAUGGCUUAUUCAUUCUUUAAAGAAAUGUAAAUAAUUGAUGAAAUAAAAUUAAAAUGAAUUUAACUUUUAAACUGAUGGUGAUAAUGUUAUAAUAACAUUUACCUUCUUAAGUUUAAUAUCCAGUAAUAAAUUAGAAUAAAUAUCAUAAUUUACAGAUCUUACAUUUACAAGAAGUGUAUUAGAUGAUUGUCAUUAUUAAUGGAAAGAAAAAAUACAAAUUCUUCCAACAAAAUUUAUUUUAGAUUCUAAAUCUAGAAAGAGUCUACCAGCAAUUAAAAAAUAACAGACUACAUCAUCUUAUUCAAAAGUUUCUAUAGCUUUUCCUGAAAUUAGAGAUGAUGUAGUAUUUAUAUUAGAAACUGCUCUCUAAGAUGCUAAAGAAAAAGGUCUUUUAGAUUAAUUUCAUUUUGAUUAUUAAGAUAAUAAUUUUAAAUGUGCUGUCAGUGUAAAUAUAUGAAUAAAUACAUUUAGGAAUAUGCAGAUAGUAUUGCUAAUUCACCUCCAUCUUUCAUUACACCAUAAGUUUAGAGAAGGAAAUUGUAAAAUAUGGCAAAAGAGAAAUUUAAAAAUCUAUUAAAAGAAGCUUUAAAACCUAAAAAAAAGAAAAGACUUUCUAAACGAGAUUGCAAAGUUGUAUUCCCAAGAAAAAAUGAUACAUGUUGUGAUCUUUAAUGUGGUCCAUCCAAAAUUAAUUUUCAUAAUUCAAUCUUAACUAAUAGAAGUAAUAGAGCAUUUAUCAAAUGGACUCAUAGAUGCAAUAUCACUUAACCUCCUAAAACAGUACAUGAAAUAUUAUGUUAUAUUCCAGAAAUUAAAUUAUCAAAAGAUUUAAUUAAAAAUUUUGGAAAUUCAACUUAUGAUAAAAUAGAAAUAAAAGAUCCAAUUAUUGUAUUAGACAUAGCUGAUGUAAUAAGAAUUUAUAAAUAAUAUUUAUAAUAAGGUAAAUAAUUCUAUUAUAUUAUGUUAUUUGUUAAAAAGCCUUAAGAAAUUGCUGAUUUUGCUGAUAUUGUACAAAAGAAUGAAUAAGACUUAGUUUAAUUAUAUCCAAAAUAUUAAUAAACAUAUUUAAUAGGAAUUACUGAGUAAUCAUUGAAACCAUCUCUCUAUGCAUACUUAAAAUAUAUAAUUCCAUUUGGAUAAUGGAGUAUUGACAUAAAAUAAAUUAAAGCACUUAUAGCAAAGCAAAGAGAAAUUAAUUGA